AUGGAGCAGGAGAAGCCCGAGUUCGUCACCGACGACUAUGGGAGGUUUGUGUCCAAGGACGGGGUUGUUCAGCUCGCCGAGCCAUCGGAGUUCGACCUUCGAGAUAUCUUACAGGCGGCGCAGCGAUACAAUCCAGAGAACGAUGUUCGCGAUAUGAAGAGGCUGGGCAAGAAGCAGGAGUUGAAGCGACGGUUCCGAUUCUUCACGAUCGGAGGCUAUAUCAUGCUUCUCGGCUUGACUUGGGAGUUUGCAUUGACCACGAGUAUUUUCGGACUCAGCAAUGGGGGCACGGCUGGUGCCAUCUGGCUGAACUUGGUCGUGUGCUGCUUCAUGUUUACGGCUGUGCUAUCGAUGGCGGAAAUGGCAAGUAUUGCUCCAACAGCCGGUGGCCAAUAUCAUUGGGUUUCCGAGCUGGCACCCCCCAAAUAUCAAAAGAUGCUCUCGUACAUUAUUGGUUGGUUGAGCGCUCUAGGCUGGCAGACUGGUCUCCCUGGAACCGCUUUCAUCGGCGCUCAGCAAGUCAUUGCGCUCAUCUCGGUGUGCAAGAGUGACUAUGUUUACCACAGUUGGCACGGCUCCCUCUUGACCAUCGCGUUCACCUUCUGUGCCAUCAUGUUCAAUACCGUCAUGAUUGGGCAGCUCCCAUUCCUCGAGGGCUCGGCUGUCAUCCUCCACUUUUGUGGCUUCAUCGCCAUCAUAGUCGUGAUCUGGGUCAUGGGACCACGCGACGAUGCUAGCGUCGUCUUCACACAAUUCGCCGAUGCUAAUGGCUGGGGUAGCGUUGGCCUUGCAACACUCUUAAGUAUUGUCGGCCCACUGUCUACCUACCUUGGUGCCGACAGCGCUGUGCAUCUUGCCGAAGAGCUCAAAGACGCCAGCUACGUCCUUCCUCGUGCUAUGAUCACCAGCUCGCUCCUCAAUUAUGCCCUAGGAUUCACCACUACCGUAACGUUUAUGAUGAACCUUGGCAAUGUCGACGAUCUUCUCGCCUCUGCGACUGGCCAGCCAUGGGUUGCACUCAUUCAGCGAAUCACCCAGUCGCAGGCUGCCACGAUCGUGUUCCUGGUCCUCAUGAUCGUCAUGUACUUCUUCUGCGCGGUCAAUGCCGUCACCACGAGUUCCAGACAGAUCUGGUCCUUCUCCCGCGACAAAGGACUUCCAUUCCACAAGUUCCUCUCCAAGGUACGACCGAACUCGGGAGUGCCUAUGAACGCUGUGGUUGUUACGAUGGUUAUCACCUGCCUCGUGGCCUUGAUCAUCAUUGGAAGUACUCUGGCCUUCAACAUCAUUCUAUCGAUAUCGGCGGCCGCACUUCUUAGCUCAUACGUGGUCGUCAUCUCUUGCAUGCUCCGGAAGAAGCUCUUUCGAGAACCGCUGCCAAAAGCAAGAUUUAGGAUGCCACGCCUGCUGGGCAUCGCUGUCAACAUCAUCGCGAUUCUCUUCUCGGUUACGGCAACAUUCUUCCUGUUUUGGCCCGCGGCGCCAAGCCCAACCCCAGCGUCGAUGAAUUGGGUCAGUCUGAUAUAUGGAGUGGCUGUCAUAUUCGCGACUGUUUGGUACCUCGUUAGAGGCAGGCACGAGUAUGAAGGGCCUGUGGAACAUGUACGGAAGGACAUAUCAUUGAUCUAA